AUGGCCUCCAAUGGACUCUUUUCUUUCUCUCAAACAGAACCAUCAACGGACCUAUUGACAGGUUCGUCGUGGGCCACGACAGUAGAAGGACCACAGAACUUUCAUGAUUUCUCAGACAACGGAUCCACCCACUCUGGAGAAGCCGAGGAGUUCAUUUUCACAUCUGGCCAUGCCACACCCCGAGGAACCCGGGUCCAAUCCCAAGGAAACUGGUCCGCUUCAAGGACUGCCGCUUCAGUGGCCCAAGGUGGACAAGCCAUGUCCAGGGUCAGCUCUAGCAGGUCUAGCGGCUCCUCGCUAUCACAAUCAUCACAUCUGUCCAACAUGGACUUCUCAGGUAAUGCUUCUGCUCUUCAGACUGGAACUCAGACCGGAUCCAUUCAUGGACUUGAUACUUGCAUCCUGGACCCUGUCGAUGGUAUUUCUCAGAUGUACUGGCCCGGAUAUUCUCUUGAUGCUGCCUUGAACGGCGAUGCCACCUUCUCUCUGCCUGAUUCAAGCCCUCUUCAUGUUGUCCCCUCUCACAUGCAGCUUGGCCCUGUUGCCGAGAACUCUCCCCCUAGCCCUUGGGACUGCUUUUCUAGCUCCAUCUCCCGCUCAUCAUCUCCCAACACUAUUGAGGACUUGUGGUUUCCCAACCAGAGCCCCAACUCCUCUCCUCAGAUCCAGUGCCAGUCACCCAGCCUUGACAGCAACAUUCCAUUGAUCACCGAGGAUGUCAACGGAAAGGCCCUUUCCCCUCUUGAUGAAUUCCCUGCUGCCUCUGCCUUCACCGGACCCCGACGACAGAACAGUGAUGGUGAGUCCGCACGGGACCACGACCUUUACAAGAAGGCCGCUCCUUUUGAGGAUGGACUUUACCACUGCCCCUGGGAGGGACAACCCAGCUGCAACCACCGAGCCGAGAAGCUUAAGUGCAACUAUGACAAGUUCGUUGACUCUCACCUGAAGCCCUACCGCUGCAAGGCUGAGUCAUGCGAGGGCGCCCGCUUCUCUUCCACUGCUUGCCUGCUCCGCCAUGAGCGUGAGGCCCACGGACUCCACGGCCACGGUGACAAGCCUUUCCUUUGUGUUUAUGAGGGUUGUGAGCGUGCCGUCCACGGAAACGGAUUCCCUCGCCAGUGGAACCUCCGCGACCACAUGAAGCGUGUCCACAAUGACCACGGUAGCUCCAGUGGCUCACCUACAACCGGAUCUGCUCAGCCCGCCAAGGGACGUAAGCGCAAGACCGAGAACUCUGAGACUCAGACUUCCCACAGCCGCAAGGCGGCUGUCAAGUCGAUGCCUCCUCCCCCGGAGCCCAAGGAGAACUUGACCCAGCCUCUCAUUGACCAAUGGAUGGAGCACCACAAGGCUGUCCAGAGCCUCAUGCGAAAUGUUGUCAAGCCUGAGGAUGCCCAGAACCUUGAGCACAUCGGAACUAUCCAGAACCGUCUCAACUCUAUGAUCAAGCUUACUACGGACCUCAACGCCAUCAACAACCCCGGAAACACUCUGACUGGUACUGGCUGA